GCGAAGGUGGCGAGUCUGCCCGUUUCCUCGCCCGCGUUCUCCGCGAACCCCUCGCCCAGCCCGGGGAGGUGGAGGAGGAGACUGCAGAUACCCCCUUCCCCCACACAUACAAACAAACAUAGAAACCUUGUACGCAGCUGAGGUCGCCUUUGCUCAGACCCUCUGCCUUGAGGGUAAUGGUUCUGGACCUUUGCAAUGGACACCUUUCUGCAGUCCUGCCUGACUCCGGCCGCCAAUGGCUCCCACUGGUGCCAGGGUCCCGGGUCCGCCGAUAACUUCAGCCUGACCGACACCUCCGCCCUAUGCCCCGAGGGUACCGUCCUCCGGUGUAACCGUACGGAGGGCAACCCGCUGGGCAAGAGCUCCUCUUCGGUCAUCAGUUCCAUCAUCAUCACGGCCCUCUAUUCCGUCGUGUGUGUGCUGGGUUUGGUCGGCAACGUCCUCGUCAUGUUUGUCAUCGUCAGGUACACCAAGAUGAAAACAGCCACCAACAUCUACAUCUUCAACCUGGCUUUGGCAGACGCCUUGGCCACCAGCACACUGCCCUUCCAGAACAUCAACUACCUAAUGGGGUCCUGGCCUUUCGGCCGGCUGCUGUGUAAGCUUGUGAUGUCCAUCGAUUACUACAACAUGUUCACCAGCAUCUUCACCCUGACCACCAUGAGCAUGGACCGCUACAUCGCCGUCUGCCACCCGGUCAAAGCCUUGGACUUCCGCACGCCGCACAAUGCCAAGAUCAUCAACGUCUGCAUCUGGAUCCUCUCAUCUGCCAUUGGACUGCCGGUGAUGAUCAUGGCCAACACGAUGGUCAACAGAGGGGAGCUGGAGUGCACGCUGAAAUUCCCGCAUCCGUACUGGUACUGGGACAACCUCCUGAAGAUCUGUGUCUUCAUCUUCGCCUUCGUCAUGCCGGUGCUGAUCAUCACCGUGUGCUACGGUUUGAUGGUGAUCCGCCUGAAGAGUGUGAGGAUACUCUCGGGUUCCAGGGGGAAGGACCGCAACCUGCGCCGCAUCACCAGGAUGGUCUUGGUGGUGGUGGUAGUGUUCAUCAUCUGCUGGACGCCCAUUCACAUCUACGUCAUCCUCCGGGCGCUGGUGAGGAUCCCCUCCACCGUCCUCGACAUGGUGGCCUGGCACUUCUGCAUCGCCCUGGGCUACACCAACAGCUGUCUCAACCCCGUGCUCUACGCCUACCUCGACGAGAACUUCAAGCGGUGCUUCCGUGAGUUCUGCUUGCCGUCGGCCUCCUCGCUGCCCCGCCAGAGCUCCAACCAGCCCAGAAGCCAGGCUCGGGAGCACCCCUCCACCGCCCACACCGCCGACAGGACUGACCAGCGGCUAUGACUAGGGGCGGGGCCCCGACCCGGGGACGAGCUCGGCGACGAGCUCACCCAGGUCACCACUGGGCUGUGACCAUUUCCUCGCGGGCCAGUGGAGAUCCCAGAUUUGGGGGCUGGCCCGCGCCGGAACUCGCGCCCCUCCCCCACUGGCUAACACGCCUUCAAUGUCGUCUUCACAGCACGUUUCCCUAUGUACAUCGACGCCCUCAUGAGGAUGGAGGGGACACAUAGACGAGUCACUCAGCUCGGAAACAGGCCGUUCGGCCCAUCUGGUCCAUUCUGACCAAGAUGCUGCAUCCAGGACAGUCUCUCUGCCUGCACUGGGCCCGUGUCCCUCGAAAUCUUGCCCGUCCAAGUAACUUUUACACUUUGUUAAUGUAGACUCAAGGUUCUUCUUUAUUUAUCUGGAGUAUGUGGAGACAUGCAGUAAAAUGCGUCGUCUGCGUUGACAGCCAACACAACCUAGGGGGCAGCCUGCAAAUGUCGCCACGCAUUCCGGCGCCAACAUAGCUGCCCACAAUCCAUGGACGCUGACUGACCUGCUGCGUCCCUCUAGCAUUUUCUUUGAACUGGAAGGCAAACCUCUAUCCUCCAACCCUGGCACGUCCACACGUCCCUAUUCCCAGGACGGGCCAUCUUCACCCUUCAUCUUCCAGCGGAGUGGGACUCGUGCUCACAGAUACUAAGUCUUCACCAGGAGACUCACAGAGAUUCACAGUCUCUAACCAAUGGACCUCGACUUCCUGACUUCUGAUUUGAUCCGCGGGCCUCGAUCCUCACUUGACAGAGUACAGAAAAAACUUACAAGGACCUUGCCACAACUUGAGGACCUCUGUUACGGGGAAAGGUUGAAUAGGUCAAGAUUUUAUUCCUCUGAAGUUCAGGAGGAUGAGGGGAGAUUUGAUGGAGGUGUACAAAAUUAUGAGGGGUGUCGAUAGGGUAAAUUCAAGCAGGCUUUUUCCACUGACGUUGGGUGAGACUAGAACUAGAGGUCAUGGGUUAAGGGUGAGAGGUGACAUGUUUAAGGGGCACUGAGGGGCAGCGUCUUUACGCUGAGGGUGGUGGAAGUGUGGAACGAACUGCCAACGGAAGAGGCUGAUGGGGAUUUGAUUGCAACGUUUAUGAGAAGCUUGGGUAAGCACUCGGAUGGGAGGGGUGUGGAGGGCUGUGGCAUGGGUGCAGGUUAAUGGACCAAGGCAGAUUAACAGUUUGCAUACAGAUGGGCCGAAGGGCCCGUUUCUGUGCUGUAGUGCUCUAUAGCUCUAUGACCAAAAUUGUCAAUGGGAAGCUUAAGGAAAGAAUGGAUCUCCAUUUAAAUCCUAAACAUCAUGGAACACAUUCAGUGAGAUGCAGUCCGCAGAAGUGCCUCGGGUGGGGUCAUCAAACUUUAGUGCAGCCCUCCAAGGGGCGGAAUUGGUAAAUCGUUUUUUACUGCCACUUGUUCCGAGAUAGAGUGAAAAGCUUUUGCUCACAUGCUGUCCACACAGAUCAUUCCAUAUGUAAGUACGUCGCAGCUUUGAUUCUUCUGGCUGCUUUACUGAGGCAGCAAAAAGUGUAGACAGAUUUCAUGGAGGGGAGGCUGGUUUCUGUGAUGUGCUGAGCCGUGCUCACAACUCUCUGCAGCUUUUUGAGACGUAGUGCAAAGUAGUUGCCAUCCCAAGCCAUGAUGCAUCAGAUAGGAAACUUUCUAUAGUGCAUUGCAUGCGUAAAAUUUUCCUUUGCCUUGUGAGGAGGUGGAGCUGAAGGUGAGUGUCCUUGUGCAGGCCAUCUAUGGGUUGAGUUGAAUAUGUUUAACGUAUGAGGAGCAUUUGGUGGCCCUGGGCCUGAACUCACUGGAGUUUAGAAGAAUGAGGGGAGAAUCUCAUUGAAACCUAUCGAAUAUUGAAAGGCCUAGACAUUGUAGAUAUGGAUAGGAUAUUUCCAAUUGUGGGAGAGUCCAGGCCCGGGGGAUACAACCUCAGAAUAGAAGGUUUUCCCUUUAGAACAGAGGUGAGGAGGAAUUUCUUUAGCCAGAGGGUGGUGAAUCUGUAGAAUUCAUUGCCACAGAUAAUGGUGGAGGCCAAGUUAUUGGGUAUAUUUAAAGCAGAGGUUGAUAGGUUCUUGAUUAGUCAGGGUGUCAAAAGUUACAGAGAGAAGGCAGAAAAAUGGUGUUGGGGAAAAUAAAUCAACUAUGAUUGAAUGGCAGAGCAAAAUUGAUGGACUGAAUGGCCUUAUUCUGCUCCAAUGUCUUUUAUCAGCCCAGUAGCACAGAGGAUUAGAGCAGCCAUCUCACAGAUCUAAUGCUGAGCCUCUAGAAGGCAAUGAUCUAACUGCAUUUAGAAACCAUAGAACAUUACAGCACAGAAACAGGCCUUUUGGCCCUUCUUGGCUGUGCUGAACCAUUUUUCUGCCUAGUCCCACUGACCUGCACCUGGACCAUAUCACUCCAUACACCUCCCAUCCAUGUACCUGUCCAAGUUUUUCUUAAAUGUUAAAAGUGAGCCCGCAUUUAGCACUUUAUCUGGCAGCUCAUUCCACACUCCCACCAUUCUCUGUGUGAAGAAGCCCCCAUAAUGUUCCCUUUAAACUUUUCCCUUCUUCACCCUUAGCCCAUGUACUCUGGUUUUUUUUCUCCCCUAGCCUCAGUGGAAAAAGCCUGCUAGCAUUCACUAUCUAUACCCAUCAUAAUUUUAAAUACCUCUAUCAAAUCUCCCCUCAUUCUUCUACGCUCCAGGGAAUAAAGUCCUAACUUAUUCAACCUUUCUCUGUAACUGAGUUUCUCAAGUCCCGGCAAUAUCCUCAUUGCACUUGGAGUAUUGUGAGCAGUUUUGGGCCCCUUGUCUAAGAAAGGAUGUGCUGUCAUUGGAGAGGGUCCAGAGGAAGUUCAUGAGAAUGAUCUUGAGAAAGAAAGGGUUAACAUAUGAGGAGCCUUUGAUAGCUGUAUUCAUAGGGGUUAGAAGAAUGAGGGGGGAGAAUCUCAUUGGACCCUAUUGAAUAUUGAAAGGCCAGGUCAGAGUGGAUGUGGAGAGGAUGUUUUCUAUUGUGGGGGAGUCUAGAACCAAAGGGCACAGUAUCAGAAUAGGUGGUUGUCCAUUUAGAAUAGAGAUGAAUUUAUUUAGCCAGAAGGUGGUGAAUCUGUGGAAUUCAUUGCCACAGAUUUCUGUGGAGGAUGAGUUAUUGGAUAUAUUUAAACCAGAGGUUGAGGCGUUCUUGAUUAGUCAGGGCUCAAAGAUUAUGGGGAGAAGGCAGGAAUGGGGUCAAAACCCUGAUGAGUCUAGAUGAAGGGUCUCAGUUUGAAAUGCCAACUGUUUAUUCCCCUCCAUAGAUGCUGCCUGACUUGCUGAGUUCCUCCAGCAUUUUGUGCAUGUUGCUCAAAUAAUUAUUCCCCUGACCAGCACUAGUAAAAGAAAAUUCAACUCUCACCCCUGGCAUUCAAUGACUUUACCAUCACUGAAUACCCCAUUGUCAAUCUCCCGCAGUUGGCAUUGACCAUAAGCUGAGCUGGACUGGUCAUAACAGUGUGGCUACAGGAAGGUCAGAGGGCAGAGAUCCCGCGGCAAGUAACUCACCUCCUAACUCCCUGAAACCCAUCCACUAUCUACAAGGCUCUGGUGAGGAGUGUGAUGGGACACUCUCCGAUUGCCUUGAGCUUCAACUGUGCUCAUGAAACUCAACACCAGACAGGAUAUGACAACCCGCUUGAUAGGCAACCCAUCCACUACUGCUCACGCUCUCUAUCACGGACACGCAGUCUCAGAAAUCGGUAGCAACUACAGCAACUCAUCCAGAGUCCUCAGACAGCACCUUCCAAACCCACCACCUCUACCAGCUGGAAGGACAGGGGUACCACAAGCCUGGGGAACACCACCCCUGGAAGCUGCCCUUCACCCUGACUUGGAAAUACUCAAUGAUUUGAAGAAUCUAAGUACAUUUAUUAUCAAAGUAUGUAGGCAGCAUGUAACCCUGAGACUCAUCACCGUGUCAAAUCCGGGAACUCCCCCCUGCUAACAGCCCUGUGGGUGUACCCUCCCCGCGAGGGGUGACACUAUUACAGCUCUGGGGUUGGGUUUCGGAGUUCAAUUCCAGCACCCUCUGUGAGUAAAUUUCCGCUUUCCUGCCCAUGGGCACCUGGUUUCCUCUUCCUCUGGUUUCCCGUUUCCUCCCACAGUCCAAAGACGUACCCAGUAGCCCAGAGGGUCAAAGCAGCCAUCUCACCGAUGUAAUGUUGAGGCUCUAGAAGGCACUGAUCAGACUGCACUUGGAGUAUUGUGAGCAAUUAUGGCCCCUUAUCCAAGAGAGAAUGUUCUAGCAUUCGAGAUAGUCCAGAGGAGAUUCACAAGGAUGAUCACAGGAAAGAAAGGGUUAACAUAUGAGGAGCAUCUAGUGGUUCUGGGCCUGUAGUCAUUAGAGUUCAGAAGAAUGAGGGAGGAUCUCAUUGAAAUCUAUCGAAUAUUGGAAGGCCUGGAUAGAAUGGAUGUGGAGAGGAUGUUUCCUGCAGUGGGGGAGUCUACAACCAGAGGACACAGAUAGAAUGGAUAUGGAGAGGAUGUUUCCUGCAGUGGGGGAGUCUAUGACCAGAAGACACAGAUAGAAUGGAUGUAGAGAGGAUGUUUCCGAUAGUGGGGAGUCUAUGACCAGAGGACACAGAUAGAGUGGAUGUGCAGAGGAUGUUUCCUGUAGUGGGGGAGUGUACAUCCAGAUGAAACAGAUAGAGUGGAUGUGGAGAGGAUGUUUCGUGUAGUGGGGGAGUGUAUGUCCAGAGGACACGGAUAGAGUGGAUGUGGAGAGGAUGUUUCGUGUAGUGGGGGAGUGUAUGUCCAGAGGACACAGAUGGAGUGGAUGUGGAGAGGAUGUUUCAUGUAGUGGGGGAGUGUAUGUCCAGAGGACACAGAUGGAGUGGAUGUGGAGAGGAUGUUUCGUGUAGUGGGGGAGUCUAGGACUAGAGGGCUAGAAGGACUGUUCCACACUGUACUUCUGUAUAAAUUUUAAAAAGGUCUGCAGUGGUUGAAGAAAGCAUCUGUCCCUCAGCUUCUCAAGGGUGACUAGGGAUGGGCAAUCAAACAUUGGCUCAGCCUGCAAGGUCUAUGUCCCUUGAAUGAAGAGGAAGAACAAAAUCUUCUGGAAAUUGAGUUACAGAGGCUUGUCGCACCCUACCAAGCCUGCAUCCGUUAAAAAUGAUCUUAAUCUUCCCUAAAAUGACACACCUGUACAAGAUUAUUCAGGAUUCAAGAUUGUUUAAUGUUAUUUCCAGUACACAAGCGUAAAGGAGAACAAAAUAAUUAUUACUCCAGAUCCAGUGCAGCACAAAAGAUAAAGAACAUGACAAUAAAAAACACAAUAAAUGUAAAUACAUAAAUUAGCUUAUAUACAGAGAUUGACUGUAUGUCCAUAAAGUGAUGUUAGGCACGGGAGUGCCUGUACAUAAGGUGAGGGACAGGAAAUGUUAAAGUACUGGUGGUCGGGGGUGUGGAGGGGUGGGGUAGUGGGUGGAGGUGUUGAUCAGCCUUACUGCUUGGGAAAAGUAACUGGUUUUGAGUCUGGUGGUCCUGGCUUGGAUGCAUUGAGGUCUCCCUGACGGGUGUGGGACACGGGUUAAACCAGCAGAAGAUACCUUGUAGAAACUAAAGAUGCUGGAAUUUGGAGAAACACACAAAAAGCUUUUGAAACUCAACAGUUUAGGCAGAGUCCAAGGAGGGAAAUGAACAGGAAAAUGGACAGUUUGGACAAGAUAAAAGGCCCCUACCGGAAACUUCAGCUGCCAAAUUUCCUCCGCAGAUACUGCCGGACCCAUGGACUUCCUCCAGCUUUUUAUCUGAGCAAGCAGUUUGCAGUUCCUUUGACUUUAUUUCAUCUUCAGUAUUUUAGUUCCCCAAGAACGGAGUAAGGAACAUUACAUAAACGUCCACCAAACGUCAACGUGAUGUUCAUUGGCGUGGUACAGGGAACCAUUUUGUCUGCUAUCGGAGUCAUUACUUUCCCUGUCGCAAUCUGACCAUGUGUGGGAAGAAACGGGAUCCAAGUCAAUUCAUUGACUUGGUUCUGGGUUUGAAUGGUUGCUGUUAAUUUCACCCCCAUUGCAACCACUUCCCAAAGAAGCUCACACACAAAAUGUUGGAGGA